UACCACACUUUGCCACAAAAAUACAGAGACAGAAUAACCCAGAGGGGUUUCAAUGUGCUAUAUAGCCCCGGGCUCUGACUAACAGCUGGCCCAUGUACUGACGCUUGGGAUUUUGGAGAGCUGCCCAGAACCUAGAAGUGGAAUGUGAUUGUGCUUUGGGAUCCUGGCCAGUAGCCUUUUGUGUGUUUGAGUGCAGAAACCAUCAUCCCCACAGAGAAGCGGUCCCCAGGACAACUACUGGGCUUUCAUCACUAUUAAUGCUGCAAUAAUUUUGGGGCUUGCUGGUUGAGAGUGGGAGAGAGAGAGAGGAAAAGGCAAGAGGAAGUUGCAGUUCUCUUUGGAAGGAGCGAUACACUGCUUUCCCUUUGUUCUAACCUUGUCAGGAGCUGGGAGCAGACAGAAUACAAAUCCUGGAGUGCCAUAUAACGGAAUCGAAGGAGAGUAGUUUUGUCAAUUACAGUCGCAACGUGACACACGAUAAUUUUAAUUUCUCAUAAAAGCAUGACUGCUUCCUCCGCCACCAGGGUCUUCGUGUUAUCUCUGGUGUCAAUUCCAGUGAGCUAUCUCUUUAAUUUCUUAUCCACGAACUGCAGCCCCUGGACAAUCCUUAUUGUUGGAUUGUUGAUCUUGAUUUCUGUUGCAAUAAUAGCGUAUUUUCUGGCGAGAAAGAAACCACCAAAGGAUCCUUUAUUCUACCUUUAUGCAGUCUUUGCAUUUACCAGUGUGGUGGACCUUAUUGUUGGACUUGAACAAGAUGGACUUAUUGAUGGAUUCAUGACACUUUACUUGAAAGAGGGUGAACCAUACCUGAGCACAGGCCAUGGACAUAUGAUUUGCUACUGGGAUGGUUCAGCACAUUACUUAAUGUAUCUCCUGAUGGUAGCAGCUAUCGCCUGGGAGCAGAGUUACAGAACCAUUGGUUUAUACUGGGUUGGAUCGAUUCUGAUGAGUACUUUUGUAUUCUUAUCGGGAAGCCUUGUUGGAAAAUAUGGCAGCAAACUUGGUCCUGUCAGCCUCCUAAUUAUACCUUACCUUAUCCUUCCCAUGUGGGCUGUUCUGCAGAUUUAUAACCAGCCUCUCGAGAAUGAAUCAGCACCUAAGGCUAUUGAAAUUGUCCAAAAGAAGAACCUGCUACAGAGACCUCUUGAUCUAUUGUUGACCAUUUCCCUCCUUCUUGUGAUUGGGUUCAGCCUGUUCAGAGGAUUGGUGGCUUUGGAUUGUCCUAUCAAGGUGUGUCGACAAUAUUUGCAGCUCCAGGAGCCAUACCUGCGAGACCCUGCAGCCUACCCAAAGAUACAGAUGUUGGUGUACAUGUUUUACUCUGUCCCAUUCUGCAUCAUCACCCUUUAUGGUCUCUUUGUUCCUGGAUGUUCCUGGCUUCCUGACUUGGCACUGCUUCACGCAGGGGGUCUUGCACAGGCACAAUUUUCACAUAUUGGAGCAUCUCUUCAUUCCAGAACUCCAUAUACAUACAGAGUACCAGAAGAGGCUCAGCUGGUUUUUCUAAUAACAAAUGGACUCUAUGGCAUUGUGCCACAAUUACUUGCCUACAGAUGUGUGAAUAACCCUGAGUUUUUCUUGAAGAGGAAAGAAGACCCAAAGACAAAGUAAAAAAAAAACUCAGUCAACUAAAUGUUUUAUUUUUCUGUACAAAGGUUGCAUUAUUUGUUACCCAGAUUCAAUAUUAGAGUAAAUUUCCUAUUAAACAAAUUGUAUUGGUGCAUUGGAAAUGAUUUCUUUUUUCUAUUUUGGUAUUGGUACUGUAUUAUUCUUCCAAGGUUAUUAUUGUGUGAAGUUAUGGAACUGUGUGCAUAAGGAAAAAAUGUGAAAUAAUUACCAAAAGCAAAUGCAUUUAUUUUGCUUUGGGACAAACAGUUUCUGGCCUGAGAUAGAUGCCAAAUCCAGUCAAUUUCAGUGCUUACAAUCCAGUCAAUUUCAGUGCUUACAAUCCAGUCAAUUUUAGUGCUUACUGUGUGUGGUGCAAUUUGUUGAAGUAUCAAUUUUAUAUAAUGACGACCAGACAGGAGCUGAGCAGAAUAUUUUUUAGUAAAUUCACAGCAGUUCAUUACUGGCAUUUAUUGCACUUCCCGAAUUGCCCUUGUGAAUGUGGCAAGCUGCCUUCUUGAAUACAAGUGAGUUCCUUCGUAGACCACUUUCAAGGGACAGUUAAGAGUAAACCAGGUUGCUAUCAGUCUGGAGUCACAUGUAGGCCAGACUGGGGAAACUUGACAAAUUUCUUUCCCUAAAGGAUGUUAGUGAGCCAGACGUACUUUUAUGACAAUCUAGUCAUUACUGAGACUGACUUUUAUUCCAGCCUUAUUUAAUUAAUGAUGGGUUUUGAACUCUGGAUCACUGGUCCAGUAACGUAACUAGCCUGCGCCCAUACCAAGUUUUAAUGCUGUUAUUUGUUCCGAUUUUGAAUGCUCUUCCUUAAGGGGCGGUGGAAGCAGAUUCAGUUGUAACUGUCUCAAAGGAGAUGGAAAAAUACUUGAACUGAAAAUGUUUGCAGGACUGCAGGGAAAGAUCAAGGAAGUGUUGGACAAACUGAAAGCUCUUUCCAAGAACCAUUCCCAGGUACAAUGGGCUGAUGGAUAUCCAGUCUCAUAAGAUUCUGCAAAUUUCCAGAAACAGUGCAGAUGCUGACAUUGCAGUAGCAUUACAUGAGUUAUUGCAAUAAAAUCUACAGCCUUGAGUGUGUGCUGCAUGGUCACUUCUGUGUUAAUUUACACAGUUAAUGCGAAAAUAACUAUCUGUUUACAAAAGCUGAAUUGUAUGGAUGGGCCUUCUUUAUUAAACUGAAUUGAAAUGAUACCUUGUCUAAUAUUUUUCAUCAAAUAUUACAAAUUGAUGCAUUAAAUUCUUGAUGUUUUUAAUGUUAUAUGGGGGGCAUUGGACUUUGAGGACACCCUUAGCUGGGUGUCCUUGGUUGUACAAGUGGUUUAUAUUGUUGCUGCCUUUGGCUAGAAUGAAAUACUAUUAAAGGUUUUUAGCCUGAAUUAAA